CUCUUAAAAAGACCCAGCCGGGUUACUUGGAAUAACUAACUCAUUGGCUGAUGUUGUUGUAGCUAAUGAUUCUAUUUACGGGACCAAGACACCCCUUCGAGGUCCAUCGUAUCCUCUAGUCGGUUGUGGAGACUUUUCAGACUGACAUUUAAAUCAGACAGAACUCGGACACUUAUCUGACCACCAGAGCAACACUGUGUCCAGUUUUUCAGCGCAGCUAGCGUUAGCUAGCGGGUGCCAGACCAGGAGCUAGCCAGCUAGUUGCCCCGCAGUAUGGAGUGGAUGGGAAACGGAGCCUCUGUUCGCCCCAGUGAAGAAUCUAACCAGGCUUCAACGGCCAGGGGCAGCGCUCAUUCCCAGCAGCAGCACUCCCCAUCAUCACAUAUUUGCGACAGUGCCAUUAUGACAUCUCUAUAUCAGAGCCAGCAGCGCUGUGUGAAAGCCUCAAUCAGCUCCAGCUGGAGCCUGGCCGAGGCCCAGGACCAGCUGUGUUCUCUAGGGGUUCACAGCUCUGAGUCUCUGGAACAGGAACGUGCUCGGACUAUGGUCUGUCCCACAGAACUCACACACACUGAGCAGGAGUGGCGACGUAAGGAGAGCAUGCUGGGAGGUCAGGAACCCAGCCGCAGCCCUGUGCUCGGAGCUGUUGGAAGUUGGGAUGUUUUUGAUAAGAGUAUCAUCAAUGUCCAAAGUCAACCUGUAGAUAUGGACCAAGACAAAUGCAAGACAUUUCUCCAAAAGUAUGAACAAGAGCUUAGGCAUUUUGGUAUGUUGCGGAGAUGGGAUGACAGUCAGCGGUUCCUAUCAGACAGACCUCAGCUCAUCUGUGAGGAAACGGCAAACUACUUAAUUGUGUGGUGUAGCAGACUACAGCAAGAAGGGAAAGAAGCGCUGAUGGAGCAGGUGGCUCACCAAGCUGUGGUCAUGCAGUUCAUCCUGGAAAUGGCCUCAAACUCUCAGCAGGAUCCUCGAGGCUGCUUCAGACAGUUCUUCCAUAAAGCCAAAGAAGGACAGGACGUCUACUUAGAAGUCUUCCACACAGAGCUAGAGGCCUUCAAAUACAGAGUGAAAGAAUACGCAGUCAAGUGUAAAGGUGACUUACCAAACACUUUGGACACAAACUAUAGACUUGACCCCAAAGAAUCUGUGGACUCUUUACCUCAAGUGGCAGAGUACCAUAUGAAGCGCUGCUUAGAUGCUGGACUGUGGACAAGCACAGGGAGGUGGACAAAGGACGACAAUACAGAAACCGAUGAAAUACGCAUGAUGGAGACCUCCUAGGAAAUGUAGUCAGCCCUUGCUUUUUGUCCUUCUGCACCGUCACCCCAUGUAGGAGCCAGCCUGAGUUCGACACCUUCGUUACACAGCAGGCCCUGCUGAGAAAAUUCAAUGCUGCUGAAUUUCCAAUUACAGCUGCAUAAGACAACACUGAACAACAUGUUUAGUAUCAUGUGUGUCCUGGUGCACUCAGCUUAUCCUUUUCUAUAAAUGCAUAAUGCAGACUGCUGGUUGGUUGCUUAUUUACACACCUUGACAUUUGUCAAAGUUUGAAGCCUUCUUUACAUAAAAGAACCAGCUGAGAAAUGGCAGCAUAGACCAGGAACAAAUGAAAGUCAGAUCAGCUGUGGCUGACAUUGUCUUAUCAGCUCUCUGUCGUGCUGUUCCGAUGUCAGUGCAGUUAGUUCUCUUGCAGGUUGGUUCAGUGAUGUUUCCUACCAGCUAAAUGCAUGUGUUGUGCCAUGGCCCUGAUUUUGCAGAUCUUGGUAUCCUUCCAGCCAGUUUGUUUUUUAUCCUGCAGAGUAACAUACACAAAAUGUACUCACUUCCAAACGGUGAACAAAAAUGAUGUGGAAAAUGAAUCCAGACAACGCAAAGAAUACUUGAACCAAAAAGGUACAUUAUAUAAAUUAUGCAGUCAUAUGAGUGUGAGUUUUAGCUAUUACUGAGCAGUCUACAUAGAAUAUUGUAUAUUUGUAGUUUGCGUAAUCUUUAGGUCAACGUUCAGAAUGACCUGUGAUAUACCACCAUAGUUGCUGAAUAAUUUGGCCUUGCUCAUGAUGAAAAUAUUUAUAGAUGGACACCUGUGAGCAUGUGUGCUCAAAGCAGAGAUACAAUGUUAGCCUCAUAAAUAAUCUUAUGAGUGUUUCUGACUUAAACGUCAUUAAAAUGCCAGUCGUCUCUUUAAUCAUCUGUAGAACAGAGGACAUUUUGUCAACCUGUUUGAUAGUGUUGUGUCUGAAUCUGUAAUGUAUAAAGCAGCAAAAGUGCUUCAGUUUGUGGAUACUUAAGUUUGUGUGAUCUUCAGCUUAGCAGGUGAGAGUAGUACAGUUUUGAAGUAACCCAGGACUUGGAUCUGUGGAUCAAAGUCUAUCAAUUUCCCUUCUUUGCACACUUUUUAAUAUGAAGAUCAGAGCAAAUAUGUUCAAGAACAAAAAUGGCAAUAAGGGUUUUCUGAGAAGGUAUUCCUUAGUGUUGUCUGGACAGGCUUAAAGAAAACAUUAUGUUUGUGGUAAAUCCUGUGUGAUCCUCCUUUAUAUUUGUCAUUAACAUGCAUCUUUGACAUUCAGAUUUUAUGUAGCUAUUAUAGACAAACUGAAAUUGACCAAAUACCAAUAACAUAUGGUUAAAAAUUAGAUGCAUUAGAAUUUCCAUUUAGGACACAACUGCCUAAGAAAACACGAAACAAGAUGUUUAGUGUCAUCUGUUUGGGUGCAGCAAAUCCUUUAUUCAUGCAAAUAUACAAUAGACUGCUAGUUGGUUGCUUUUGUCAAUGGUGUGUGCUCUUUAAUAAGCAUGAUGAAGCACAUGGCUUUUGAUGCAAGACAGCACAAAAAUCUGUACAUUUUCUGGAAACCUCUGACAUUUUAAAUUUUGUCAGUAAAUUAUACGUAUCAGAUGUGUAAAUCGUCAGUGGCUUCACAGUUCAAUUCAUGUAGGAAGCAAAAGUAACCAGGUCUACUUUUUCAGUCAUUACAAGCAGCCAGAAAAAUCUAAACUCUUAUUCAGAAAGUCCUUUUGAAUAAUCACACAGAAAGAUUCAUUGGUCUAUAUCAUGAUGUAGCUUUGAAACAAAACACUUGUGUCUCUAAUACAUUUUUAGGCCAUAUCUGUGUGUUGGACUCAUGAUAAUGCAAGUUGUAAAGGGGGCACCAUGUUAUUUAGCUGCUUAAGCUUCCUUGGAAUUUAUUGAACAGAUUAAAAUGGCACAAAUUCCAAUCAGAGUAAAUUACCUUAAAUGCAGUCAACUGAGUACAUGUCACGUUGAAGUUUUCAUUUCAUGUAUUUUUUUUUUUUUUUUUUUUUUGCAUUUUCUUUACCAGCUGACGUCCUUCCAGUUGCAUGAUAAACACCUGCUCUGUGCAGACUGUUGUCAGUAGUGAUGGCUCAGCUGCUCCGUUCAGGGAUCAACACCCAAUUCGGAAAUGGAAAGCACCAGUAUGGAGGGCAGAGGUGAAAGGGCUGAGCUUUGCACCAAGACUUUGACUGUAUAUUUUUUUAUGCAGAACGGAGCUCUCUGAAUCUGAAUGUGUCUUGCACUUUAUAUUUCUCUUUUAGAAACAGAACGUGAUUUUAAAAAAGAAAAGGUUGAAGUGGAGCGUGUAGAACACUUGAUUAAUCUUCAUUAUACACCGUCAUUUUACCUUCGUUGCUGUUUAUGUUGUCCUUAUUCAUCCAGAAAUGAACCAGGAAUUUAAUUUUUACAAGCAAGCCUUUGAAUCGCUUGUUUUUUUGUGUGAUAUUUUAUGGGUUUAUCUUUUGUAUUGUUUUUCCUGAAUUUUGUUUUUUUUAAGAACACUGUGUUCAAAGGUGCUUUUGCCAGAAUUUUCAGGCUUUAAGCUAACUGUCCCCUUGGUAUUAGUAUUCUCUAUUUAACAAAAUCAGUGUGAAAAUCUGCUACACAAUAUGGUCAGUAAUAUUUUUACUGCAAACUGUGGAAUUAAAAGUACCAGGUGACGCAAAGUACAUGAUUUGUGUUUGACUUUAAACUGCUGUGCAGACACAUUGUUGCCUCAGUAGUGCACGUCAUUAUUAUAUUACAACUUUUAACAGGUAUUCAUGUGCUCCACGUAGCUCAGGGGCAGUUCACACUUUAAUAUUUUUGAGUAUUAUAUACUUAAAAUGUCAAGUCAUGUUAAAGAUGUUUCGUCUGCACCUAUGCAAAGUAAUUGUUGGGCUUAAACUGUUGUACUGAAGUUGUAGCAAGUUAUUGAACUGUCUGUAUACAAAUAAUCCCCCAAAACCCAGUGGCAGAAUCAGAAACAUGGAAUUUGGCCUUUCUACCAUUUCACUGUACAAAAUAUACUAAAGUGGACAUAAAUGCUUGUGUUUUAACUGCUUCAAAGGUGGAACUGGGAAGUAAGUUCAUUAAAAUCUGACUGUGUGACUGUUAAUGUCGUCCAAUGAAA